AUGAAGAAAGAAAAGAGACCCGUUAAGGACUCAGCCCCGAACCAAAUGAACACCAACAUAUUGGACACCAUCGUCCCUUCCUUGCGGGACCUGAGCAAGCCGGUGCUGCGUACUCUUCGUACUCUUCGGUCGCUGAGCCAGGAGGAAGUGUCUACUAUCUGGGGGAAUGUGUCAGAAUUUGUGCAACGACAGCUAUCCCUACAAAAGGGUGUUCAGAUCCCAGGGCUUGGAACUUUUACUUUCAUGAGACAAAAAAUUGACGUGGGAAACAGCAAGUUUAUUCUGAUUCAGAGACCCAUAUUUAUCAUGGCAGAGAAGUUAGUACGGACCCAUGAACUCAAACAAAACAAAACAUACAUUCCUGGUGAUAUUCCCGUUGUUCCACUUAAUUUUGUCACGAUAUCCCUGCAGGGUCCAUUUAGCAGGGAUACAGUGGAAAACUGUGUGAAAGAAACUUUGCUUUUUUUAUCACGAUCCAUUUCCACCAAACCAAAUGUGGAGUUUACUUUCAAAGGAAUCGGGAUCCUCACGAUUAAAGGCGGCAAAGUGAAGAUGAGAUUUUAUAAGGAUUUCCUUUCUAAAAUGGAUGGAACUGGGGCUUUGGCAGAAGCCCUCGCAAAUAGGCCUGGCACUGUGGACUCCGUGUUGUCCAGCGGAGAGAGCUCAGAGAAGCAAUCCAAGUGUGGGUGUGCAUUUCCAAGGAUUGAGAUCAAGACGUUGGACAAAAAACCACCUAUGGAGACCAUUGUAGAGGAAGAUGAAAAUGAAAUGAAUGGACAAGAGAAGUGCGAAUUAAAAGACCAUCCAAGCAAAGAAGGCGUCAGAGAGAUCAUAACACACAAGAGACUUCGAGAAAAACAUGCUCUCUCUCCUUUCAAAGUGACAAACAUCAGCUUUCCAAACAUGGCGGAGCAGAAUGUUAGUGGUGGUAAGAGUGUGAACCGCGAAAGCUUAUCAUCUCCACGUUAUUUGAAAGAUUACAAUAAAAUGAAGCAUAACAUUUCUCCAGCCACUGGUUGCCAGGAUCAUACUAAGGCAGGGCAGGAAUUGUGUUAUGUGUGUUUGCAACGAGCGCUGCGCAAUUUGCCACGACACCACAGCAGUGAGAGGAAGAGAGGGGAGAGAGAAAAUGAGCAACACAUUCGGCAGUAUCAAAUGAUGAAGGAUCAAGAGGAGCUCCAGAAACACCAGAUGAGAAAUCUGGCUAAUAGAGCACAGAAUCAAAAAAAUGCUGCCUAUAAUCUUGGAGUUGCUGAAGCUAUAAGAAUCCACAAGAAGGAGAAACCUGAAUUUUGUAAAUCUUUCCUAUUUGAUAAACGGCCACUCAGUUCUGAGAUUAAUGCUUUUAAACAAGAAGAAUAUUCCCAAAGUCUCCUGAAACAAAUGGAUAACAGACGGGAAAAGCAAAUAAAGCAAAGACAAAACAGAGAGCUGAUGGGCCGCCUAGAACAAAAGCAUCUCACAGAGGAACUUGAUGCACAGAGAGCCAAAUACAUCAGAGAUAAGAUGGAAGACACCCAGUGUUAUAAGAGAGCUUUGGAUGCACAGAUAAAGAAUAAAUCCAUGCAAAUGUCCACGUUUGAGCCAGAGCCUUGUGAACCCAUCUUUGCUAAGGAUGAGAGUGAAAUGAUGGUGCAAAAGCGAAAGCGAGACCAGAAAUACAUGAAGCACCAGAUGGAGACCGCUGCUAGCCAGAAAAGAAGGACCAUCUUGCAGCAUCUGGUGGGACAGAAGCAGGAUUUGCAGAUGCUUCAGAGGACACAAAAAGAACACCUGGCAGACAGAAAGGCUGAGAUGGAGCGGGUGAAGAGAAUGAACGAGAGCUUGUUGAAGGACUGGGAAAGGAGCAUUGCAAUGAAGAAACAGCGGGACAUGGAGGAGAAGGCUUUCCAGCGGUCUGCAAACAAGCUCUUUAUCCUGGACCAGUGCGAGAGAUAUUUGCGCUGCAAGCAGUGCCAGAGGAGCACCAACAAUAAGGGCAGGAGCAACGUGUGGCCAUUCAACCAGCACCUGCCUGGCUCGCGGUUCUUUUCAUAA